CUGCUCUACUCUCACUUUCUCUCCCGACAGUACUUACAACUCCCCGAGCUUCAGAAAUUAACUAAAGGCAACCCACUUCAAAUAAUCUCCAGGCGCUACACGGGAAAAUAGUGAGAGAUUGAGAAAUAGAGGAAAUAUUAAGAUUUUUCUCUCAAUUUCUGGCCUGGGAGAGCGAGAGGCGUGUGUUGUGGUGUGUGUGUGUCUGUGUGUGUGUCUGUCUGCCAACGAGGAAAGAGGAGUGAGAGGAAGGGAGAGGGACAAGAAGUUACCACGUCAUCUACAUCUUGUCCUGUUCCCUCUUGGUGUUUGUGGGGUGAGGAGGUGAUGUCUCACCCAUGGAGGUUGGCAGUGGUGGUGGUGGUGGUGACGUGUGUGGUGCAGAGUGUGUGUGUCGGCGGCCAGAGUUUGCCACACCCCAGCACAGCAGAAUGGAGCAGCACACACACACUCAACACCACAGACUUUCCUGCUGUUCUGUGGUAUGGCUUCUCCUCCAACAAGGUCAACUUCACCCGAGAUGACCUGCAACACUUGGUGGAGUGCACACUGGGUCACCACCACUGUCCACCCCUUCACCAGUCACUCCCCUCUGUGACUUUCUCCAGCUGUGACAAGGAGAGUGGAGGGAAGUCUUCACACUGUCGCUUACUGGAGGCUUGCACAGUGGAUGACCUUCUCUCAGCAAUGGAUCACGAUGGGGAGAGCUUGAGUGUGGAGGACCUGAGGGAGCUGUUGCCUGUUAUCACUUACAUGGGGCAGAAGGGAGACUCUUGCACUACCCAGCAGCUCGCCACAGCACCCAAGAGCAAACCUAGUCCGUCAGAGGUGUGGGGCUACGGAAUCCUGUUUGUCACCCUGAUCUCCGGAUGUUCUCUGGCCGGAGUGUCUGUUCUGCCGUUGAUGGCCCACAAGUUUUACCAGCAGCUCCUCACGCUCCUGGUGGGCCUUGCUGUGGGGUCCCUGGCUGCCUCGUCUCUCUUCCAUCUCAUCCCUCAGGCAUUCAAGUUGGCUGAGAAGGAUGACCACCACGGUUACCUGUUUGUGUCGCUGUGUCUGGUUGGUGUGUGGAGUUUCUUCAUGGUGGAGCGCGUUAUCAAGAUCAUCAUCACACACCAGGCUCGGAAAGAGAAAGGCAACUACCCUCCCAGCCAGUCAGACCAGGACAUCCUCUGCAACAAUAUGAAGGACCUGCCAACGGUGGAGCAGGGGAAGGGGCUGCCAGGGAGAGCCGUCAAUGGGGAUGUUGGUAUCGGCAAGGGGGAGGAACCCAUCACCCCCCAGAGCUCCUGCGCGCCUGGGGAUGUCAAUUUAAUCUAUGCCUCGCAGCGACAGGCGAUUCGUGCUUCGUUUGGGCAUAAUGAGCGGCCAGACAAGACAUCCAUACACACCCACACGCUGGAGUUCCGUCAGGGGCAGGACUCCGUGAUCCGCACUGUGGCGUGGAUGAUAAUAUUUGGCGAUGGUUUUCACAACUUCAUUGACGGUGUGUCCAUUGGUGCAGCGUUCUCCGAGUCUAUUCUGACGGGAAUCUCCAUCAGUUUGGCCGUGAUGUGUGAGGAGCUGCCACAUGAAUUGGGCGACUUUGCAGUUCUCCUCAACGCUGGCAUGACAAUGAGGCAAGCUGUGUCCUACAACUUCCUCUCGGCCACCACCUGCUACCUCGGGCUCUUUCUGGGCAUCCUGCUGGGGGAGUUCACCCAAGACAACACUGCCGUCUUUGCUGUCGCCGCCGGAAUGUUCCUUUACAUCGCACUGGUGGAUAUGGUGCCGGAGAUGAAUGAAGUGGCAAGCAAGGCAGCAGAGGGUGGCUGGAGGAGUGCCAUUCAUAUCCUCAUGUACCAAAACCUCGGCAUUUCCAUUGGCAUUGCAUCACUCUUCUGCCUGGCGUACUUCCAAGACAGCAUGGUACUAACUUAGCCCUGUGAGUCGCCUUAUCUACCACCUCCCCUGUGCCCCUCUUCACAGCCUCUUCAUCCCCCAUCACCCAAAGUCACACCCCAGCGCCUUAGAACCCACCUAGCACCCUCACAAACUCCUGCUGUAGAGAGUUUUAGACUGGUGACGUGAAGGGUGUGGUGAAGCUGUCUAUCUCUUUAUCUCCAGCCAGGGAAGGAAGGUCGUGUUGAGGGGAAGUGUGCUGCUGUGUCACUGUGUUGCGGGUACUGGAAUGUUGCAGCUGCUGGUGUGUACAUGUAUGUGUGUGUAUAUGAAGCUGUUAUGUACAUGAAGUCGUUUUUUCUACAAGGAAAUGUUAGGUGUGUGUGUGUGAGAGAGAGAGAGAGAGAGACAUAAGCACCUAUGUGUAAUGGUGCUGACUGCUUUAUUUUAACUCAUGGUACUACCUAACUCUUGGUACCAGCGUUCUGCAACCACGUAGGGACUAUUACAAGAUGAUAUUGAUGCUAACCAGUGUAGUGCAAAGUCUAGGUCACCCAUUGCAUUCCCUGUGUAGUGUCAUGCCCCCUCACACCACUGCUGCUGCUGCUGUUUAGCAUCUCACAUCCUUAGUCACUCUAGUGUGGGUGUGUUGGUUUGUGUUGGUAGCUCUGUGGAGACUAUCACUGCAAGGAACCCAGCAGGAAAGUGAUUGAGUGAAGAGGAAGAGGAGGACUAUAAGGGAGAGGUGGAAUUGUGAAAAUGCAUCAUGGGAAGAGGAAG